GUCUUGACAUGCAGACGUGGUCGACGCGUAUAUAGCCAUGUCCUCGGCCCGCCGCAUAGUACUGGCACUUGGACAGUACAGUAACAACACGCCUCCCAAUCUAUAGACUAGCCAGCCAACCUAGUUCGAGCUUCCAGUGCCGACGACGUUCGUUCGGUAUCUCCCAAGAGUCCAUCUCGUCGUGCGUCAACCUAGACCGCAGCGCUCCAGUCCGUUGGGGUCUCACAAUCCCAUCUCACCCGGCCCAUACAGACUCGUAGGAUGGGCAAGAACAAGCAGCAGAAGAAGAAGACCCAGCUUGAAGCCGUAAAACACCUUGUUGUACUGUUCGACAUCGCCCUUGAUGUGAGGCAGCUUUCGCGGGACCUUGCCUCGAGAUGGCGACGGUACGGCACAAAGUUUGAAUCGAUGUGGUGCUCGUUCAGCCAAGAAGAUCGCGCCGAGAUACUACACGUUGCUAUGCCAAGAACGGAAGGAGAAGGGAAAGGAGAAUUUGAUUUUGUCCCUUACUGGGACUUGGAGAAGAUGGCCGAGGACCCCAGCAUCCUCGUCAACACGCUCAAGCACAGGGCGACCGCGAAGCUCCCCGAACAGGCCGUCAUGAGCUCCGUCAACGGCCCCAGCGACCUCGAAGUCAUCACGCGUGCAUUCCCAGAGCAAAUCGCCUGGGGGCUCCGACGCGGGGACGCGUACAUUGCCUUCUGCGAAGGGGAGAAGUACGGCGUCCCGCACAAGGCCACGAACCGAGGGGCGGCGGCGGCCGCCCUGCUGCCGCCCGGCAAGGACGACCUGUGCGUCCCCGUGGUCUACGGAGACCUGGUCCUUCUGAGGCAGAGCUUCAUCAUCGGGACAAUCGGCACCGUCUUCAUGCUCAUCUGGGACUGUGACCCGGAGGAGCAACCGGGUCCCCGGAUACCCGUCAACCCAGAAGAAAGCGCUGCUCGCUUGAGGGAGGCCCUGCGGCUGCAAGAGCCGGCGGCCGACGCAGUUCACGAGUCCGCCCUCGAUAUCGCACGCAAGAACAAGGGCCUCGUGGGCGGCCAGUGGGGUUCCCUGGGCGUGGCGACCAGGGUGCUGAGGGACAGGGUCCUCUGCUACCUCUGCAGCCUGCCCGAUCAGGUCCUCGACGAAGCCCGCGUGACAAACAAUACAGUCGUGGACAAAGACCUUUGCACCUGCGUCUUCGACGUCGUGAACGACGUGGCCAGGCACCACGCGUUCUGGACGUACCUCGUCGCCGUCAUGCCGGAGAUGCAGGGCCUCGUGGAGGAAGAGGAGGACGGCCCGGGCCGCGCCGUCGUCCUCCAGGAGAUGGCGCACGUGUGCCACAUGGGCUUCCAACGCGCCCAGAUCGCCCUCAAGAGAUUCCUGCAGAAGAGAUUGGAGAUUGAGAAGAACGAAAAGGCCAUGUUCGUGAAGCGGUGCGGCGAGUAUGGCGGCGACGGCAACACCCUGGUGACCCUGGCGGUCAGCAUGGACGAGCUGGAUACGGUAAAGCCGCCGAUCGAUCCUUCGAUGCAGCAAAUCAUACGCCUCUGCCAGCCGGAGACCACGGCCGAAGCGGCUUUCGAGUGGCUCCAGAAGCUGAGAGAUCUGUGCGAGACAAGCACAGAGGCAUUGGAGCAGCUGGAGGCUUGGGAGGCGGACUCGCUCGCUGACCUGGUGACGAUGCUCACGCUCAUCGAGAACCUGACGGACGCAGCGGCCCUGCCCCCCGUGAACGGCAAGAAGAGGGUAAAGGGCCUCUUCGUCUCCAAGUGCCAGCACGUAGACAGGGACCUCUGGGCCCUGAGGGACGAGGUCGAUCUCACCCCGUUCACCGUGCCGCCGGCCAGACUGGGGAAGCCCGAGGUCGCCGCCGGCGCUCUGGAAACCAUCAGCGAGUUCUGCAGGAAGAAGACGGGGUCCAGCGUCGAGGGGAACUACGACAAGGCCGUCAGGGAAAGCCUUUCGGAGCUGAGGAGACGGUUGGCGCAGGCCCAGACCAAGCAGCAGAAGGGAAAGGCCCCGGCGCCGGCGCCGGCCGGCCCGAGUUCGUUCAUCGACAAGAUACAGGACAGCCACGACGAGGGCGAGCAGCAGGGGAGGAAAGAGAAGGUCAAGACCCGGCCCGCGGAGGGGCCGGAGGCGGGGCUACUUCCGCCCGCUCCGCCUACUCCGCCACCGCCGCAGGCGCCCGAGCCGGAGAAGAUCAAAGUCACGGCGGCCACGGCGGCCGUGUUUGAGGCGCUGUUCGACCGGACCCAGAACCGCCGGCCGAUCGCCUUCCCUGCCCUCGAGGCGGCGAUGGCCGAGCUGGGCUUCACGGUCGACUCGCACGGCGGCGUCGGCUCGGCGACCAAGUUCGUCCCUCCGGCAGGGUCGGGCUGGCGGCCCGUCACGCUCCACCGCCCUCACGGGGCCACGAACAAGAUCGAAGGGUAUCGUUUACUGAUUGCAGCCUCGCGAUUCAGAGAACAUUUUGGAUGGGAUGCAGAGACGUUUGAGGUCGUCUAG